AAGGGCAUUCCAUGAUGGACAGUGAUCUAAGUCCUCAGGAUAAAAAAGACUUGGACAAGUUCAUAAAGUUUUUCGCUUUGAAGACAGUACAGGUGAUAGUCCAAGCUCGACUUGGGGAAAAAGUAUGCACACGCUCCUUGUCUUCACCUACUGGCUCUGAUUGGUUCAACCUGGCAAUCAAAGAUAUCCCAGAAGUUACACAUGAGUCAAAGAAAGCUCUGGCCGGGCAGCUUCCUGGCAUCGGACGGUCCAUGUGUGUUGAGAUCUCCCUCAAAACCUCAGAGGGAGACUCGAUGGAAUUGGAGACAUGGUGUCUCGAAAUGAACGAGAAGUGUGACAAAGAUAUUAAGGUGUCCUACACUGUCUAUAACCGCAUGUCAUUACUGCUCAAGUCACUACUGGCUAUCACAAGGGUAACCCCAGCCUACAAACUCUCACGAAAGCAAGGGCAUGACUAUGUCAUACUGUACAGGAUAUAUUUUGGAGAGGUUCAACUUACAGGAUUGGGAGAAGGGUUCCAGACAGUGCGUGUAGGAGUUGUGGGAACUCCUAUUGGAACCAUCACCUUAUCUUGUGCUUACAGGACAAACCUGGCCUUCAUGUCCACCAGGCAGUUUGAGAGGACGGCUCCGAUUAUGGGCAUAAUCAUUGACCACUUCGUUGAGCGCCCCUUUGGCAACAUGGGACACAUGCAUCCAUGUAACUACAGAGCACCCGGGGAAGAUGAAGGAGCAUACAAUGGGGUGGAGGAUUCUCAGGAAGUGUGCACCACGUCCUUCUCCACUUCUCCACCCUCACAACUCUACUGCUCUCGUCUUUCUUAUCAGUCUCCUGUGCUUGUUGGAGCUGCUGACUUCUGCCACCCCUCCACCUUAAACGCUGCCAACCCACACCAGGUAACCACCCAAAUGGGAGUUCCAGGGAAGGAGGGGGGCGUACCCCAGAAGGUGCCUGUGCAGCCUUGUCACGGAGCCCAGGCAGAGCAUCGACGAGUGUCCUCAUGCCCCCCUUCUGAUCAUGUUCCCGCCACGCCCUCCAGCAGUGGUGAGGACGCAGAGACCUCGUCGAGGAGCGUUGAGGUGAAGAGUGGCUCUCCUUGUGGUGUACUGGAGACCACCUUCACCAGGAAAGUGGGUGCCUUUGUCAACAAGCCAGGCACACAGGUAACCACAGCAAGCCUGGACUUACCAUUUGCAGCGUUUGCUCCCAGAGCUUAUGACCUCGAGGAAAAUGACCCUAUGGUUCAGCCGCCGGGGUCCUCAGCCACGUCCUCUCCCCUGCAGGGCAGUUUGCACUCCCAAGGCUCUGGUGAGAGUGGAGGCCCGGCACAGGACGACUUUGUUAUGGUGGACUUUAAGCCUGCGUUCUCCAAGGAUGACCUCCUUCCCAUGGACCUUGGCACAUUCUACAGAGAGUUCCAGAACCCCCCACAGCUCACCAGCCUCACUAUUGAUGUCAGUUCUCAGUCCAUGGCAGAGGACCUGGACUCUCUUCCUGAAAAACUGGCAGUAUACGAGAAGAACAUUGAUGAAUUUGAUGCAUUUGUGGACACAUUGCAGUAGGGAUAGAAAUGGAUCCACUGUCUCAAAUGACAAAUUAUCCCAUUUAGUCCAUCUGCAAGGUUCUGUUGUCUUUCAAGCUUGUUUGCAUUCAGCCUGUAUGCCUGUUCUUUCUUCUCGUAGUUGAAAUUCCACAUUGAUUUGUAAUCAGAAUGUUUCUCUUCAAACCUCACUGGUUGAUGUAUUGUAGAGUAAGAGAGCCUGCACCCAACAAUCGAAGACAUCUUAAAAAAAACAAAAUUGCACGGUUUCUUUUCUGAUGUGAAUAACUGCAACGUUUGCUCUAGUGUUGAGCAGACUGUGUCGUAAUGUAAAUACCAGAUCCCCUCUCACUUUGCUGUUAAAGAACUUAACACAUAAUAACAAAGACGUUCAGUUCAUCAAAGCUGUUGUCUAAAUGUUGUAUUAUUGCUGUCCCGUGUGACACUGAGAACGUUCAUGGCAACUAUGGAGUCAGACGUGGCCAUGUUUUAGUAGAUGGGAAGAUGCCAAGCUAUGUAUGGAAAUUGAUCAAUAGUAGUGAAUCUAUAGCCAAGAAACAGCAAACAUGCUGUGUAGCUGAAUCUGUAUGUUGAAAGAGAAGUUCCUGUAGUUGUUUUUUUGUAAAUGGGGAGAAGUGUUGUCUUCUUUCUUCUCUAGAUUACCAACUCUAGGCCACAAAUCACUGUGUGUCACUACAAAUGAUGUACAGUCACUGCUCACCUCUGAAUCACCAUAUAAAGCAAGCUUCCUUUUCCCCUAUCUGUAAAGAGGGUAAACAUUAUUUGCACUUUCAAUGUAUCAAUCUUAAGUCCUCUUGAUUUCCCCUAAUGCUUUAAUAUACAGUAGCAUGGUCAUGUGUAAUACAUUUUUACUUCAAAUGGCCUAUUUUGUAUUAUGGGAAAGGAAUAAGCCAGAGGCCSUAUAUAUUUCUGAUUGUGGUUGUUUGUGAUUUAUACCAGCACAACACGAGUGAUCGUGUUCGUUGUCCUUGAAGCUUUUAAAAUACAAUAGAGCAUCAAUACUCUUGUCACAUGAGUACGACCCUCCAGACAUCUGAAUAAAUCAAAGGCACUUUUAACCAUCACCUUUUAUUUAUACUUUAUAUUCACAACAUAUAAAGAUUGCAGUAAAAUACUCUUAACGAGAAAUUUCAUUUUCACUGUAGCAACCAGGAAAUACUAUUAUUUUACAAUACAGAUAAACAGUACAAUAAAGGUGGACAAACGGGCACAAUUUUUACAAGAUAUGACUGGAGUUGGUUACUCGCCUGUUUGUUUCCUUAAGGCACAGACGCAAAUGGGGUUGUAAAGGCUCUACUAAGCCACUGAUCCGCAUGUCAAUGCAAUUGUUUCAUUGACAUGACUAGGAAGUUUUCAUACACAGUAAACUAAACAUAAAGCACAACAGAACUCUUACUUAUUCAGUCUUAACAUUAGUACUGUUCUUGUUCAGGAUAUGUUCAUUAAAGUAAUUCAGGAUCACAAAGCACAGGAGCUGUACCCCCAAAAGUUUGGCCAUUGCAAAUGGAAAAAAAUGUUAAGG